AUGGCGGCACCCAUGUUGAAGUGGAAACGGAUCUCAAAUCCAAGCGGACCUCAACCUCGACCUCGUCAUGGACACCGAGCGGUCGCUAUUAAGGACCUUAUGGUCGUAUUCGGAGGAGGAAAUGAGGGAAUUGUUGAUGAGCUUCAUGUCUAUAAUACAGCAACAAAUCAAUGGUUUGUUCCCUCUACAAAGGGAGAUAUUCCCCCAGGUUGCGCCGCCUAUGGAUUUGUCGUCGACGGGACGCGAAUUCUAGUCUUCGGUGGCAUGGUAGAGUAUGGAAAAUACUCUAAUGAACUGUACGAGCUGCAAGCCAGCCGAUGGGAGUGGAAAAGACUCAAGCCAAAGUCCCCCAAGGAUGGACCACCACCGUGUCCUAGGCUCGGACACAGCUUUACGUUGAUCGGAAAUAAAGUUUUCCUGUUUGGAGGUCUCGCCAACGACAGCGAUGAUCCCAAAAAUAAUAUACCGAGGUACUUAAAUGACUUGUAUACUUUGGAGCUUCUGCCAAAUGGACAGACUGCGUGGGAAGUCCCCAAGACUUACGGGCCUUCUCCACCACCGAGAGAGUCACACACCGGUGUGGCUUACACUGAUAGAACCACCGGGAAAUCCUGCCUGGUUAUUUAUGGAGGAAUGAGUGGUUGUCGUUUGGGUGAUCUCUGGUUCUUGGACGUCGAUUCAAUGACCUGGAAUAAACCAAUCGUUAAUGGACCGACACCACUGCCUCGGUCACUACACACCGCAACUCUUAUCAAUCACAAAAUGUAUGUUUUUGGCGGAUGGGUGCCUCUUGUUGUUGAUGAUGUCAAAGUAGCGACACAUGAGAAGGAAUGGAAGUGUACUACUCGAGCUGGGCAUUGCGCCGUAGGAAUACACAGUAGACUUUACGUCUGGUCUGGCCGCGAUGGCUACCGUAAAGCAUGGAACAACCAGGUUAGGGUAUGCUGUAAAGAUUUGUGGUUCUUGGAAGUCAGCAAACCUCCAGCACCAUCUCGAGUUCAGUUGGUCCGAGCAUCCACAAAUUCUUUGGAAGUGAACUGGACCCCAACACCAUCGGCUCAAUACUACAUCCUUCAAAUCCAAAAGUACGACAUGCCCCCUGCGACUGCAUCAUUCCCCGCAGCAUCGAUGCCAGCAGCCGCAACAGCUACACCAGCUCCUCCGGCGAUAACUUCUGCGCCAACACCAACACCUGCUGUGCCAACACCAGCUGUUCAUCCCCCAACCCCUAUUUCUACGCCAAUUCAAGCUCCACCAGCGCCAGCGCCAGCCCCAACUCCAGCUCCAGCUCCAGCUCCAGCUCCAGUUCCAAUCGCUGCACCAAUUGCUCAACCAGCUCCUCCAGUGGUUCCGGCACCGGUUCCAGUAGUUCAACCACCCGUAGUCACCACUAUGACUCCAGUGGUUGCUGCUGCUCCACGUCCAGCAAUCACUCAGAGCCCUAUUCGCGUUCAAGCUCCAAUUCAACCCGGUACUCCUCGACCCAUCACAACACCAAUCGUCAAGCCAACACCUCCUUUGAGUCCCCGAGUGGCCACUGGCAAUGUCAUCAGAAUUCGCCCACCUGUAGUCACUUCGGUGCCCGCUCCAGUAAUGCCGACCGCCGAACAGACUCCAGUCUCAACAGUGACAACGACCGCUGGACAAUCACCUUCGGCGAUGUCUGGCAUCGCCACUCUGGCCGCUGCUGCAGCAGCUACUCCCAAAAUCAGCAUGAACAACGUGCCAACCAACGUAGUCGCUCAAAAUCCCACCAAUACUGUGCGUAUGAAGACCAUGCAACCGGGUCAACAAAUCCGAUUCGCAGCACCGGGCUCCACAGUCCUUCGUGCAGCUUCUCCUCAGCAUAGCAAGCAAAUAAUCCUUCAAAAAUCCGGACAGAACAUCGCUGGACAACCACAGAUUGUUCAUUUACUGAAAACUGGUGGAAUGAUGACCACUGGUCCUAAAGUUAAUAUAAUACCCGGUAAAACUCUCCAAACAAUUGGUGGAAAGACCAUAAACCAAGGACCUACUAUCCUUCGACUUGUAAACCCAAACACCGUCACUGGAUCUAAAAUCAUCACAUCAAUGAAGGGAUCUAAUAUAGUAACGAUGAGCAAAGGCCAAGCCAUUGCUGGCAAACAGACAAUAAUGAUCACUAAACCCGGCGGCAACGGAGGCAUCGUCGGUAGAACAAAUCAAAUAAUCGUCGUAACAACGGGAGGUGGUCUAAGAACUGUCCAAGCUGUUACAACGUCCCAGGCUGGUCAAGGUGGAACGAUUACAACUCCGGUUAAUGUUUUACCUUUAACAGCGGCGAACCAUGUCACCAAUCAGCAAGGAGUCAAGAUGAUUGUCGUGUCUUCAGGUGCCAUGGUGGGAGGUACUGGUGGAAAGCCAAUUACCAUAACAGUACCUGGACAUGGAGGUGUUCCAAAGACUGUUACUAUUACCAAAGGUGGUCAACAAGCUAUAUUUAAUCCGGCAAAGACUCAGAUCGUUACGAGCUCCCAGUUCCAGAAGGCCCAAGACGGUACAGGCAAACCAGUGACCUUGCAAAUGUCUGGAGGCAUCGGAGGAAAAACAGUCACCCUGGUACCGACUACCAGCUCUAUUGUCAGCACUGGCGCUGGAGAUUCAUUUGACACCAGUAAAAUGCUUUUUAUGCCGCAAAAACAGCCUUCAGCCUCCUUGGCGUCGACAUCAGACGGUCCAGCAACUACAGACGCUGCAUUAGCCGCCCUCGCUGCUGAAGCUGGUCUCAUCGACCCGGUUCAGGAGUCCUCGGGUCUCAAUUUCAUGGUGAAUGACGACGGAGCUGAUGAGAAAGCUGAGGACAGCUGUAACGGCAAUGAAGCAACAACAACGGCUGCUUUGGUAUCUCAAUUGACUGCUGGAGAGGCGAUGCAAGUCGACGGGGAUGGUAACUUUGUAAUUCCUCAGGUUGAUGGACCUGGAGAUAUUUUUUCAGACGACGAUGACACUCCUGAAGCAAAUGACGAACCAGAGAUGGAACAGUCUGAGGAAGCGGCGGAUCCCCCUUCGCAAUCCGAAGCUCAAGAAAACCAAGAAGCUGAACAAGAAGUCGACCAAGCUAUCACUGAAGACGCGCCUCAAGUUGAAGAAGCUGCUGCAAAAGAAGAGCCCGAGUUGGAGAAGAAUCUCGACACUGAAACGGAAGAAGCUGACGCUGCUUCUGCUUGCGAGACACCUAUGGAAGCCAGUGAGCCUGAUUUACCUUCUGAGAGUGACAUGCAAAUUGUCAGCAACGCUCCUUCCGAGUCGUCUCUCAAGUCUGAGCUGUCUGAGUCCACUCAGCCGACAGAGUCGAUAGAGGCCAGUUCCAAAAAUGAACCUGAAGAUAAACUCGAAGCUGAAACUGAAGAUAAGCCCAAUGUUGAAGACUCUGAGACUUUACAAGAGGAAAUUAAACCUGAGACAGAUCUUACAACAGAGACUCCUGCUACUGAAGCUGAAGAAAAAGACAAUCAUGACUCUGACGGCGACAAUGAGUUUGAGAAUCUCAAUGCUGCGAUACAAGAAGAAAUGAAUAAAGCCAUGGAGACUGAGAGCUCGCCUAUGGCUGAUAAAUCUGAGCCAGAAGUCCCGAUGGAUGUCGAUGAACCGAGUGUUAAACUAGAACCUGAAGCUCCUGUCGCUUCACCAGUUGCUGAUCGAGUUCCAUCUCCAGCUGCAGCUCCAUCACCGGUUGCGUCACCCGUAGCUCGGGUUGCGUCACCUGUAGUAGCUCCAGUUGCUUCACCUGUGGCUAAAGUUCCUUCACCAGUAGCAUCACCAAGAGUCGAAUCACCAGUCGCCCGAAUUCCAUCUCCAGAAGCUCGAGUUCCGUCGCCAAUAUCCCAAGCUCCGACUCCAAUGACUCCAAUUCUCGCAGCGGCGUCUCCGUUGGCUCAGUCACCACUUGGACAAAUUAAAACAGAAGCCAUGGACCAGUCUGCUGCUAAAGAACCAACUCCACCGCCAACCCCUACAGCCGUGACCAAUGGACGUAUCGCUGAGCCAGAAGCCAACGAAUUGUCGCAAAAAGUAAAUGUUCCCAGUCCCACGGAGCCAAUUCCUGUUAGUGCAAUAAAACAGGAGGCGUUUGUGAAGAAAGAGUUGCCCAAGAUUGAGAAAGAAAACAACUCGAGGGAAGCUGAUGACUCAACGGCGUUGACGACUCUCGCGACUGCCGCGCUGGGAUCUGCCGAGCAAAGUGUCAAAGUAAAAGCCGAGCUUACUGAAGAGGAAAAGAAAGAUCUUGACUGGUUCGAUGUUGGUGUAGUUAAGGGUACUACGUUUGUUGUUCAACACUAUCAUCUUCCUGGAGACCAGCCGCUUGAUAUGUCGUUACCUCCUGCGGAAAUUUUCAAAGACAGGAUCCAAGUUAAACUGGAGUCUGGUACCGCGUAUAAAUUCCGCGUUGCUGCGGUAAACAGCUGUGGAAGAAGUCCUUGGAGCGAAGUUUCUGCUUUCAAAACGUGCCUACCUGGUUAUCCUGGAGCUCCCAGCGCGAUAAAGAUCUCCAAGUCUGCAGAAGGUGCUCAGCUCUCUUGGGAACCACCUCCCAGCAAUCUUGGACCCAUUUUGGAGUAUUCGGUGUAUCUGGCUGUUAGAAGUGCCAGUGCAGUGUCGAAUAAUGCAGGCGAGCCGACAACAGUCGCGGCGAAUGCCAAUCAACUGGCUUUCAUUCGGGUCUACUGCGGGCCCACUAAUUCCUGCUCUGUGCCGAAUAGCUCUUUGAGCGCUGCUCAUAUGGACGUCACUACGAAACCCGCGAUAAUAUUUAGAAUAGCUGCUAGGAAUGACAAAGGUUAUGGACCUGCUACCCAAGUUAGGUGGUUGCAAGAUCCAGCGACGGCUGUGAAAAGUAAUCCACAGGUAAAGAGACAAGUAAGUGAUGCUCGUGCAGUAGGCAAUUCACCGAUGAAAAAAUUAAAACAAGAAGACUACCACUCGUGA